AAAGCGGAAACGUGGAGGAAGCAACCCUGGGCAGUUCGCCCCUCCCACGUCGGCGCCGAUAGGCUGGGCCGCGCGUGGGGGCGGGGCUUCCGCUGAUGGCGCCGGGCGUGGCGGCGCGCGCCGUCCGGGUGAGAUUCGCGCCCAGCCCGACCGGGUUUCUGCAUUUGGGGGGGCUCCGGACUGCUCUGUACAACUAUAUUUUUGCCCGAAAACACCGAGGCAGCUUUAUCCUUCGACUGGAAGACACCGACCAAAGCCGGGUGGUAUCGGCAGCCUCUCAAAACAUAGAAGAUGCAUUGGAGUGGGCAGGCCUGGCACCGGAUGAGAGCCCUCGCCGGGGAGGCCCUGCUGCCCCUUACCAACAAUCCCUACGAUGUGACCUAUAUAAGAAAUACACAGACCUGCUUCUUGAGAAAGGGGCUGCCUACCACUGUUUCUGCACACCCCAGCGCCUGGAAUUAUUAAAGAAAGAAGCACUGCGCAGUCAGCAAACUCCACGGUAUGACAACAGGUGUCGUCACCUGAACCCGAAGGAGGUUGCUGAGAAGGUAUCUCAAGGCGUUGACUAUGCGGUGCGUUUUCGCCUGGAAGAGCAGUCCGACCCUUUUUGCGACCUAAUCCAUGGGUGGAGCAGGCACGAGGUGGCCAGUGUGGAAGGCGAUCCAGUGAUUUUGAAGAGCGAUGGCUUUCCAACCUAUCACCUGGCCAACGUGGUGGACGAUCACCUGAUGGAGAUCAGCCAUGUUCUGCGUGGAGUUGAAUGGCUCACCUCCACUUCCAAACACCUCCUCCUCUACAGGGCCUUUGGCUGGGAGCCGCCUCAUUUUGGGCACCUUCCACUGCUCCUGAACGAAGAUGGCAGCAAACUCUCCAAGAGACAAGGCCAUGUUUUUGUGGAGGAGUUUGCGCAAGAUGGCUAUCUGCCGGCCACCCUCCUGGAUCUCAUGACACACUGUGGCUCAGGGUUUGCAGAGAACAGAAUAGGACGGACACUAAAGGAGCUGAUUGAUGAGUUUGAUCUGAGCAGGAUCGAAAGGCACUCGGCCCUCCUGGAUUUGAAGAAACUGCCAGAAUUCAACAGGGUUCACCUGGCCCAGCAGAUUGGAGACGAGAGGCUACGGCAGAAGCUUGUGGCAGAGGUUCAGGCCUCUGUGGAGGAAGUCUAUGGCAAGCAGCUUCCGGAGAGGGAGGUCCUUGAAAAGGGUUACAUAGAGCAGGUGCUCCUGCUGAGGAGGGGCCACAUUAGCCGCCUGAAGGACUUGGUGUCCCCCAGCUAUGCUUUCUUGUGGAUCCGACCCUCUGUGCCUUCUGAGAAGCUGCAGACUCUCUCCACUGAGGCAGACCAGAUAGGAAGAGUGGUCCUCAGGCUGCUGGAAGGGCCAGUGACUCAGAGACCUGAAGAACUUGGCCAGCAACUGAGGCAGCUGCACAAGCAGAUAAAUGGCACCAAGUACAGCAGCAUGAUGAAGCUCCUCCGCCUCUCCCUCAGCGGCCUGCAGGACGGGCCCAGCGUUGCUGAGAUGAUGAUCCUGUUGGGACCCAAGGAGACCAGUGUUCGCAUUCAGGGGGUUCUGUGCAGCCAACCUGCUCUAUGAGGGAAAGGGGCAAAGGAAGGACUUCCAAGUGUGGUGGAGCUUGGGAAAAUACUUCCCGGGCUUGGGGGCAAUGCACAGAGAAUGUUUUCUGGUUUUAUAGCAGCAUGGUCUGGUGUUGAUGAAUGCUGGGUUCAAAUUUAAUAGAAAAAGGGAAAAUAUUAAUUAGCUGGAUGUAAAGCCCUGUUGAAAUUAGAUACAGAUGAGCCCUAGCAUCCUGUUUGGCAUUCCUCUUUUGUAGCUCUGGGGAAAAGGAUCAAGGAUCAAUAUCUGAAAUAUUCAGGGGUGGGAUUCAGCCGGUUCAGGCAAACUGGUAGUUCUGAGGAUCAGCUGCCCCCCCAACCCAACCACUAUCCUGUCCUAUAUUUCCUUCUUUCUGGCUCAGCUGAUUCGGCACAACUGAUUUCCAUGCCUCCGCUGUUCUACUUUCCGGGGCUGCCUUAGAAGAUAAGCAUCUGAGCUUUAAAUUGCGGUAUUUUGAGCGCUGCACGCAAGUGCGUUAGGUGCGCGUGCGAAGUGCGCACUGACCGAACCAGUUGUUAAACCGGUUGCAUCCCACCACUGGAAAAAUUAUAUAAUAGAUAUGGGAGUUGGGAAAUUAGGAUCAACCCUUUUAUUUUAGUUAAGCCCAAAUUUUCUUAAUCCGGCUGAAAGUCCAAGCUCAGCACUUUAGGCUGCAUGUCUUUUCCAAGAACAAUUGGCUUACCAGGCUGGAUCCCUCCUCCUCCUCCUCCCUGAUUUGCUAGUUUUCUAGGGGCAGGACGUUUCCCAGGGCUGGGGCUCUUGCCACCGAAAAGUUCUUUCUGCAGCUGAACCUCGUUUUUCCUCCUUCCUUCCUCACCUGUGCAAGGUGAGAUUGGGUCCUGAACUCUAAGCUUUAAUCAAUAAAGACUUUCACAUUGUGA